CUCCGCGUCUGUUUCCGAGGCCCCGCCUCCCGAUGAUGUAACAAUCUCUUCGCGCAUGUUCACAGUCUCCGGGUGGACGGUGUUACCCUCUCCGCUCAGAGCUGAAGUGGGCCGGUGGUGUGUUCGGGAAAGACUUUCGUCUCUUCCGUCGGGAUCACUGUCUGCGGGCCGAAGAUAUCACUUUCCCAUCGUUAGACCUGCAGUGAUAGGUUUAUUGGAAGAAAACGCAUGACUGAAGACGAGGGAACAGCAACAAGUGAACCAGCCCGAGGACUGAGAGCACCGACUGGAGAGAACCCAUCUGACUCGGAGAUUCCAGUGAUUCAGUCAGGAGAAAGUUUGGGCCAUGAGUUAAAAAUUUCGCUGUCGAUGAAAUGCGCAGGCGUCAGGCUGAGGACAUCCCCAAGUAUCACGUAUGCACGCAGCACACUGAAGGCAUUGAAAAUGUCGGAUGUAGGUUAAAAAUGACAAGGAAUUUGCCUAAGGGAAUCUCGAACACAACACGCCAGUUUUGCUGUCUCUGUCCAGAUAUUUAAGAACAGGAGCAAGGGAUUCAGCCGAUCAUCCUUCCUGCUCAGACUGUCGAGAGGGAUUCACUUGAUCAUCUGACCAAUUGGCAUGCCCAUUAGUUUACAUGGGGGGAGCCCAUUCAUCUGCUCAGACGGUGGGAAUGGAUUCACUCAGUCAUCUCAACUGAAGGUACAUCAGCAAGUUCACACUGGGACAAGGCCAUUCACCUGUCCUGUGAGUGAGCAGGGAUUCAGUGGGUCUUCCCACCUGUGGACACACCAGUCAGAUCACAUUGGGCAAAGACUGGUCAUCUGAAGAAUUUGUGGGGAAGCAUUCACUCUGUCAUCUGACCUAAUGGCUCAACAGCGAGUUCACACUCGGGAGCGGCCGUUCACCUGCUCAGACUGUGGGAAAGGAUUCACUCAGUCAUCUCAGUUACUGAGACACCAGUCAGUUCACACUGGGGACAGGCCAUUCAACUGCUCGCUCUGCAGGAAGGGAUUCCCUUCCGCAUAUAAGCUACUGAGACACCAGUCAGUUCACACUGGGGAGAGGCCAUUCACCUGCUCAGACUGUGGGAAGGGAUUCACUUCAUCAUAUCAGCUACUGAGACACCAGUCAGUUCACACCGGAGAGUGGCCGUUCACCUGCUCAGACUGUGGGAAGCGAUUCACUGAAUUAUCUCGACUGAAGAUACAUCAGCGAGUUCACACUGGAGAGAGGCCGUUCACCUGCUCAGAUUGUGGGAAGGGAUUCGCACAGUCAUCUCAACUGAAGGUACAUCAGCGAGUUCACACUGGGGAAAGGCCGUUCACCUGCUCGGACUGUGGGAAGGGAUUCACUUCAUCAUCUCUACUGAAGGUACAUCAGCGAGUUCACACUGGGGAGAAGCCAUUCACCUGCUUGGACUGUGGCAAGGCAUUCACUUCAUCAGCUCACUUACUGAGACACCAGCAGCGAGUUCACACUGGGGAGAAGCCAUUCACCUGCUCAAUCUGUGGGAAAGGAUUCACUUCGUCAUAUAAGUUACUGAAACACCGGUCAGUUCACACCAGAGAGUGGCCGUUCACCUGCUCAGACUGCGGGAAGGGAUUCACCGAAUUACCUCAACUGAAGGUACAUCAGCGAGUUCACACCAGAGAGAGGCCAUUCACCUGCUCAAAAUGUGGGAAGGGAUUCGCUCAGUCAUCUCAACUGAAGGUACAUCAGCGAGUUCACACUGGAGAGAAGCCGUUCACCUGCUCAGACUGUGGGAAAGGUUUUACUCAGUUAUCUCAACUGAAGGCACACCAGAGCGUUCACACCGGAGAGUGGCCAAUCACCUGCUUGGACUGCGGGAAGGGAUUCGCUUCGUCAUCCCAUCUGAAGAUACAUCAGCGAGUUCACACUGGAGAGAAGCCGUUCACCUGCUCAGACUGUGGGAAGGGUUUCUCUUCGUCAUCCCACCUGAAGGUACAUCAGCGAGUUCACACUGGAGAGAGGCCAUUCACCUGCUCAAACUGUGGGAAAGGAUUCACUCAGUCAUCCAUCCUAAAGGCACACCAGCGACUUCACACUGGGUAGAGACUGAUCUGCUCGGACUUUGGAAAAAGAUUCUCUCAGCCAAAUCAACCAGUGUGCAUCAUUGAGUUCACACUGGGGAGAGGCCAUUCACCGGCUGUGAAUGUAGGAAGCGAUUCACUCCAUCAUCUAAUCUUAUGUAGCUCUCAGUUCUUCUGGCAGCUUAACAGAGGGGGUUAUAGCCCCCCCCCCCCCCCAGUCCAGUUUGGCCAAACUGAAGAAUCUCGUUUGGGUGGAUACUGUGCGAUGUGUCCCCUGUGUAAUGUGUCCCUGGGGUUCAUACUUUCUGUGGACUGUCUCUUUAAAAUGCAAAGAGAACCGAGACUGACGUUGGACACGCUGUUGGAUUUCUGCAGAAGUGCUGGGUUGCUAUGAUGACCAGCUAAUGUUUAUGUUCUGUGUGGUUAAGCAAGGUCAGAAUGAUCCUUUACCGACACAGAACAAGCAAGCGACUUCUUACAGAGAGAGGGGGCAGAGCUACGUGAUGGACAGCUGGUGUUCAGCACAACGGUAUUUAAACACACGUAACUGCUUUACUCGCAGGGCACGCAGACGCUCAAAGGCUAGUGAUGAAAGUUUCUGCUGGUUGGACUUUCUUGUACCCACAAGGGUGGGAUUUGAGGAUUGAUAAAGAAGAAUCGAUCUGUGGCUGUUAGUGCGUGUAAGAGCGACCCUGUGGGAUCUACCGGAGAGUCUAACCCUUGCCUGGGUUGGUAGACUUUCUCGUGAAGAAGGUGCUCUUGAGUUGGUCACGUCUGGCUAACUUGGAAGAUUUGAUGGGCAUUGGAAAAGGUCGACAACACCUGUUUACUUGGAUUACAUCUCCCUCACCCUCGCCCUCUCCUUCCCUCCCUCCCUCCCCCUCCAAUCUUGUGAACUAAAUUGAAUCUACCACAUCAUCGUAAGACUGGCGGUGAAGACCCGAGGGGCAGAAUGGUCUACUUCUGCACCUAUUUCCUAUUGUCUAUUGACUAUAUCGUUUACCACCUAGGUUUUGGAUUUUAUAUACAGGUGGCUCCCGUUUUUCGGACGUUUGCUUUACAACAGCUCAUUGUUAUGAAAGACCUACGUUAGUACCUGUUUUUUCUAACCAAAGAGGAUUUUCGCUUUUACGAUAAAGAUGAUGCCUGCUUUAUAUGUGAGUUUACCCCGAGAAAGGCUACCGUGACCGUGAAGCCUUGUGCGGCAGUUGUGUACGCAUGCGUGCACGUGCCGAUUUUUUUUUUCUCUCCAAAUCAAUUUCAGUUCACUAUCUUCUGGAUUUUCAGUGAAACUACACCGUACAUACAAUAUUUCUACUUUAUAUAGUGUGUAUACUUAUCAUUCCUACUUUUACUAUAGGUUAGUGUUAUUUUAGGUUUUAUGUGCUAUUUGGUAUGAUUUGGUGGGUUAUUCUUUGGGCCUGGGAACAUCCACAAUCUUUUCCCAUUUAAAUUAAUGGUGAUUGCUUCUUCGCUUCAUGACAUUUCGGCUUACAAAUGGUUUCAUAGGAACGCUCUAGCUUUAGAUACAGGGGGAAACCUGUAUUUACACCUAUGCAUAACAUUGCUAACCCUUGGAUUAUCUGGUUUAAGUUCACUAUUAUUAGUAGUUACCACUAAAAUAGUGUUUGUUCACUGCAAAACCCUACUCCCAAGUGUGUUCAAUUGUUGCUGGUAGUUUUAUAGGUUUGCGUCUGUGCAACACCUGAAGUAACAAAUGGUACAUGAUAUGUGAUUACACUAUUAAGAUUUAUAAUUCUUACUUUGAAUAAAGGGUCAGUAAAGAAAACAAAAAAAAAGAAAAAGGGCCCACUCAAUCCAUUCACGUCUUCUCAUCUCUCCCCAGCAAAAGACCCUGAAAAUCUCUUUUCCAGACUCACAAGAAAGAACAUUUCUGUCAUUGGAUAGCCUCGCACUCCAAAACCCUGUCAUCUCUAGUUGUAACCUAUACAUUGCUGCUGCAGAGAAACCAUUACCUCAGCAGUGAAACAUUACAGAGAGGCCAUUACAUCAGCAAUUGAAUCCUUACAGUGUGUUACACUUGUGACACACUACCGGGUUCAAACUGGGGAGAAAGUUUCAAUGAGCUGCAUGCUGGAUAUUAGUCUAUCACCGUUGCUGAAUGCAAUUUUGGGAGUGACUGUCGGUGCUGAACUCUGCAAUUAUUGCUGCUGCUCACCACACCCAGUUCUGCACCAUGGUCACUGGGCAUUGGAGGAGUUUUUUCUGCUGCACAUUCACCUUUAAUGGAACUGCAGUUUAAUAUUCUGGAUCUGAGACAAAUAAACCAGUUCUAUUUUAAACUCUGUCUUCCACCUACUAAAUCUGCCUCAGCUAUUUAAUCGUUUCUCUCUAAUUAUGAUAUCUCUGAUAUAUGGUGUUUCCUUCAUCCUACUGAGAGAGAUUAUUCUUUUUUUUCACAUGUUCACCAUACCUUUACUAGAAUUGACUACUUCUUACUCGACAAUCAACUCAUUCCAUUUGUCUAUUCUUGUGAUUAUCAGAGUAUACUGAUUUCUGACCAUGCCCCAAUUACUCUGUCCUUAAAUUUUCCUGGCCUUCCUCAGAGGAAUAAACACUGGCGGUUUGAUAAGACUUUACUAUUGGAUGAUGAUUUUCUAAAAUUUAUCAAAGAUCAGAUAACCUUUUAUUUUAACACCAAUACAUCACCUGAAGUGUCAUCCCAGAUUGUCUGGGAUGCCAUGAAAGCGUAUCUGAGGGGUCAAAUAAUCUCCUAUACAGCAAUUCUUAAUAGAAAGUCCUGUGCAGAUUGAUUAGACCUCAUUAAUCAGAUUAAAGAGUUGAAUCAACUCCAUGCGCAAACUAAGAAUCUUGAACUAUACAAGAAACGUGUAGAACUUCAAACUAAAUUUAAUCUUCUGUCCACUCAAUCUGUCGAACGCCAACUUCUUGAAAGUAAGAGUGGUUUUUAUAUUCAUGGUGACAAAUCUGGUAAAUUUCUAGCCAAUCAGCUGAGGCAUUCCAAAGCCAAGCAACAUAUUACAAAGAUCCGGAAGGAGAAUGGAGACCUUACAUCGGAUCACUUAGAAAUCAAUGACGCAUUUAAAAAAUUCUAUUCUCGACUUUAUUCCUCUGAAUCAUUAAAUGACAAUAUCUCUAUCAAUCAUUUUUUAAAUAAUCUGAAUAUUCCUUCACUUUCAUCCGAUUUUAAAGCCAAACUUAAUGCACCUAUAUCAUUAGAAGAAAUAUCUUCUGCAAUUUCUGCAUUGUCCUCAGGGAAAUCUCCAGGACCUGAUGGGUUCCCCAUAGAAUUUUAUAAAUCAUUCUCUUCACUUCUCUCCCCUCAGUUACUUUCAGUAUUAUCUGACUCAUUUAACUACAGCAAAUUGCCACCCUCUUUCAAUGAGGCUUCUAUUAUUCUUUUAUUUAGAAAGGGUAAAGACACAACAGAGUGUUCCUCGUAUAGGCCGAUUUCAUUGCUUAAUGUUGAUGUUAAAAUCUUGGCCAAAGUUUUGGCAUAGAUUAGAAACUUAUUCCCUCUAUUGUUUCUGAUGAUCAAACUGGUUUUAUUAAAAACCGUCUUCCUUUUUUUUUAACAUUCGGCGUUUAUUUAACAUUUUAUAUU